GUUUGCCUUGAAACACUUGUGGCAUAUGUUCCCAGUUGUGUGCCAGAGGUUCGUUGUGCAAGACCAUGCGUUCUCUACUAUGGAUUCUUCUGAUCUUCGGCACGUCUCUAGUGUCCUCAGAUCAAGAUUUGAGUUCAAUGGCAUUAGUGCCGUAUGAAGGUCCACCAAAGCAAACACCAUCCCAACAAGCAGACACAAUCUACGACAAACAAAAAGAAUGCGACGCCAUCGUUGGAGAAUUAGUUAUCAAGGCUCUCGAUAAAGGGGACUCUUUCUCACCACCUUUUCCUAACGAAAGGUAUGUCAAAUGCAUGGACUUCCUGGAUGAGAAGAAGAGAGAGUAUAUAACGUCCAACCUUGAAGGCCUGGGAUAUUACCUGAAUAAGUUACCCGUGAUUCUGACAAGCAAACAAGAAGUAAUACUCCCACCACCAGCUGAUUUGACUCUACCUAUUAACAUAAUUGAGUUUAACAUCCAACAAGAACUUUGUGUGACCAACAACGUGUGUUUAAAACUAGUGAAUUUGAAAUUCUCACACGACCAAGUUGAAGAUUUGGAAGAGCAGAAAAAAAGUGUAACACGUUGUUUGAAUUUUCUUAAUGUUCUGAAGCUCAAGUAUAUCCAGGAUAAGAAAAUUGAUGCUGAUUUGUUACGUGGGGAGGGUCGAGGCUUAGAUCUGGUGUGUACCAAUCAGAAAAUCACGUUGAUGCUACCAAAGAAGACUGAUGACUCAAAAGUCCCAGAGGAUUUGGUGAAAAAUAUCUCUAAAGAUAGCGAUAAUGGAAACACAGAUAAGUCAACCAAACAAGAAGGUGACAGUGACAAAACGUACAAGGCACAAUACGAUGAGGUUGUGAAGGAAUUGAAAACAGAAUUUUCGAAAAAUUCGAAUGAUCAGACUCCCGAGCAUGAAGAUUCUCAUGAAGAACUUCCACUAGAGUCAGAGGAACUGCCUGAAGAACAUGAGGAUUACGCAAACCAGAUCGCACUUAAGGAGAGAGAUUGUGAAGAACUUCUUCAGUGGGGCGAACAACCAGGCCUGACACGGUCUGUGACGAAAUUUAGGCAGCUUCAUGACAAUUGCAUCGAAGACUUAGAAAAAUUCAAGAGAGCACAUUUAAAAACCAUUAAGUAAUGGGUGAAAAUUUAAAUGAAAAUAAAUCUCUGAACGUAAGUCUGCAUUAUUAUCAUAACCAAAAUAAAAUUAUAUUUUUGUUAAGUAUU